GGCCCCGUGGCGGGGCAGGGGAAGGGGCGGAGCCGCGUCAUGGCCGCCGGGCGCCUCCCGCCGGGCGCGCUCACCCUCAAGCAGUUCCUGAGGCGGCAGCAGGUCCUUCAGCUGUACCGCAAGAUCCUGCGGGCUAUCCGGGAGGUCCCUGCGGAGCAGGAUCGCCGCUACUUAAAGGACUGGGCCAGGGAGGAAUUCAGGAGAAAUAAGGAUGCUACAGAAGAGGAUGCAAUCAGGAUGAUGAUUACUCAAGGCAACAUGCAACUUCAGGAACUUCAGAGAACACUUAAGCUGGCGAAAUCCUGAUCUUUAUUUUGUUGGCAAUUAGAUUUUCAUCUGUUGUAAACAAACACAGUGUUUUUUCCAAAAUGUGGUUAUAAUGGCAGCCUUUGCUGGCAACCUGGUAAUGUUUGAAGGAGGAAUCUACCACAGUGGAGGUUUGGUUUUCUCCCCUUCCCCAUCCAUUUCUCAAUUUGGGUACCCUCAGAAGUGGAAAUCACUUGGAUCACAAAGGACAUUUAAGAACUGCAUGGAUGAUAUAGCGUGUGCUGCAGGAAAAGCAGAAAGCACCAAGAAUUACAACAGCUGUGUUAAUGCCAGUACAAUGGAAAAUAAAUAUAUGCUAGAUUAUUUUGUCUGUGUUUUACUGUGGUAGCUGUAAUUGGUAAUAUUCACAAUGACAGCUCUUUAUGUAGUGUGCCAAGGAUUUUCACCAAAAUUUGUGAUUAAAAAAAUAAUUUGGGAUAAAUAAAUUGGCCCAGAACAACCAUUAAAGAAAUGUUUUGCAUGUAGAUGUUGAUUUUCAGUAGUAGCUGAAUAAAACUUAUUUAUGAAAGUGGGA